GAAAAAGUUGGAGGCAAGUAAAACACGCAGCCAUAAGAUUGAGCAAAUCUGAAGUAGAAUUGCAAACUCAAAAUGUUUCAAAUUUUGUAGUAAAUUGGGAACACCUUAGAACCCUAAAAAAACUUUUUUUCUUCAAUCCUUCAGCAUGAGUAUUACUCAAUUCGCCAUGGUUGAGGAGUUGGCUUUUCUUGUGAAGGACAAUCUUCCUUGCAAGCAUCUUGUUCUUACAUUGGAAGAACUCUUAGUUAACUAUCUUCAGGCUGAGGACACACGUUCAGACGGGAUCUUGGAAUUGGAGCCAAUGAACUCUUAUAACCGUCUUCUCUUACAUCGCCUUGCUGAGAUAUUUGGGUUUGCACAUGAAUCUGUUGGUGAAGGAGAAGAUCGCCAUUUGAUUCUGGAGAGAUGUCCAGAUACAUCCAUACCUCCAAUUCUUGUUAGUGACAUCCUGUGGCAGAAUGAUGAACCUCAGUCUUUCAUUUCAUCGCACCAAAUAUUAAGAAGAAAAGAAGCCUCUCCUGUAUUACAGACAAAUACGACAUCCAUUCAGCAGACACUAGAAGAAAGAAAAGCGGCUUAUUUAGCUGCACGUGAGCGAAUUUUUUCUAUGAGUUUGGAAGAUGCAAAAGAGCCUAAUGAACAAAAACCACGAAGUGUGCCUGUGGUUGCCCGUCGAAUGAUUGCUCAUGCAUUAGGUCAAAGAAUCAAUACAAAGAAUCCGAAUGAGUUGGUGAGUGAUAGUGCGAAGGAUAGAGUGCUCCCAGAGGAAUUCAAUGCUCAAGAAAAGUCGGAUCACACCAAAGAUUCUGAAGAGUUUUUAUCGAGAAGAAACAGCAGGACAAGAAACAGUAGCAGUUCUACUUCCAAUGCAACCUCACCGAAUAAAAGGAAUGAUCAAACACCAGUUAACAAAAACUUGCUGCAAUUGUCUCAAGACGCGAAGCAACGGCAAAGUGUGAGCAAAGAGCACAUGAAAAAAGAGCACUUAGGAGCUGCGAAGAGAAUGUUUGCUCAUGCUUUGGGAGUACCCUCUGGGAAGGAUGGUUCUGUUACUAGAGGUGGAAAUGGAGAAAAAAAUAAGAAUUAAAACAUAAGGUUGUAAGAUCUUUUAAACCAGAAUGGUAAUCUAUUGUUCCCAAUGGACCUUUGCAGGCGCUUCCCGGGUUUCAAUCACAAUCAGCAAGAUGAGUAAUAAGCAUGCUUUACUCAAAAAUUGUGAUACGUUAGUUUGAGAUUCAUGCAAAUUUAGUAGUCCUUCCCUGGUUGUGUUGGAGUAGCUCGACUAGUAGCCGAGUCAAGGUAUGAACAAUCGUGAGUCGUGUUUAGCCGAGUCAAGGUAUGAACAAUCGCGAGUCGUGUUUGACCAACCUGUUUCGGCGUCUGGAUGAAAUUGAGGAAACAGGUUAUGUUAUGUAUAUUAAAAUGUUGAAUUAAGACAUGCUGAACCAGUUUCAUUCUAGUUUGUGUAUUUUAUUUAGUGAAUAUAGGACUUCAGUAUGGGGAGACAAAAGAACAUGACUUCCCUAUAUCCUAUUCUAUCAAAGGAUGUUAUGUAUAGAUAAAUUUGUUCCUAAUU